AUGGUUUUGAACUGCUGCCUAAGAGAUGUGAAUCCCCUCCCGCAAUACGCAGAAGCCCCCUGCCCCAGCCUCCCUCCCGUUGAUGUGCCUUUGGGUGUGGAUGGAGAUAAAGGUCUGUACGCCCCCGGAGACCUGUGGCCCACCCAGCCGGUGUGUCUGACCGGCAGGCUCAACUGCAGCCUGGAGAGCAGCGUGCCUUGUGUGAUGCGGGAGCCAGCCCCGGUGCAUAACAGCAGCUUCGUGGAUUGGGGCACAACUUGUGACGGCCCGUUUCCCACUGUGUACUGUCCGUUGGAGCUGAACGAUUACAAUGCUUUUCCAGAAGGUAAACACUCUCGGGACAAUCCCAGCGCCAUCCUUUACUCCCGGGGAGUCAGAGUGUGGACUCCUAACCUUUCCCCGGUGGUGGGCUUGGAGAAGGAUUUCCCAGCAUGCUGCUGCAUGACAUCAUGUGGGCCCACUUGUGCCUUCCCCACUGCCUGGAAUCUGACUCCGCUCUACAAAAGCCCUCUCAGGCUCGCCAUCGGAGGGCUUCUGCACAUUACCCUGACCCAUGGAGCCCUGCAAGUCAGUCCCACCACAGAACAUUCGACUCACAUGGAAAACCAGGCGGUCAUGUGCAAGGAGUACUAUCCGGGCUUUAACCCUUUCCGAGCCUCCAUGGACCUAGACAUAUGGACCACCACAGCCAAUAGAAACACCAGCUUCCCGCUGGCAAGAGACCCGAGCUACUGUGGGAAUGUGUGA